GAUAAAUGGUUCCACCCCUGGGCAAGGUGGUUCACUCUGGCAGGUAGGACUGAGGGAGUGUGCACCUGCCACCAGUCAAGUUUUGCGAGACUUGGAGAAAAGGUGGAGCGAGUCAGCGAAGUGAUUGAGUGAACCAUGAACAGGCUGAAGUGCCCCAGCUUCUUCAAGUGCAGAGGGAAAGAGAAAGUAACAGCUUCAUCAGAGAAUUUCCAUGUUGGUGAAAAUGAUGAGAAUCAGGAACGUGGUAACUGGUCCAAAAAAUCAGAUUAUCUUCUAUCCAUGGUUGGAUAUGCAGUGGGAUUGGGGAAUGUGUGGAGAUUCCCAUAUUUGACCUACAACAAUGGUGGAGGUGCUUUCUUGAUACCAUAUGCAAUUAUGUUGGCAUUGGCUGGUUUACCAUUGUUCUUCCUUGAGUGUUCGUUGGGACAAUUUGCUAGCUUAGGUCCAGUUUCAGUUUGGAAAAUUCUCCCACUGUUUCAAGGUGUCGGAAUUACAAUGGUCCUGAUAUCUAUUUUUGUAACAAUUUAUUACAAUGUAAUAAUUGCCUAUAGUCUUUACUAUAUGUUUGCUUCAUUUCAAAGUGAACUUCCAUGGAAAAACUGUGCUAAUUGGUCAGAUAAAAACUGUAGCAGAUCACCUAUAGUAACAAGCUGUAAUGUGAGUUGGAUGUCACAUAUCAUCCAAAUAAACAAAAGCUGGGUAGAUGCCAAUAACUUGAGUUGCAUCAAUGGAACUGAAGUUUAUCAGCCUGGGCAGCUUCCCAGUGAACAAUAUUGGAAUAAAGUGGCACUACAACGGUCAAGUGGACUAGAUGAAACUGGAAAAAUUGUGUGGUAUUUAGCACUUUGCCUGCUUCUGGCUUGGAUGAUAGUUGGAGCAGCACUAUUUAAAGGAAUCAAGUCCUCUGGCAAGGUGGUGUAUUUUACGGCUCUUUUCCCCUAUGUGGUCCUACUCAUCCUGUUAAUACGUGGUGCAACUCUGGAUGGUGCGUCAAAAGGCAUUUCAUACUACAUAGGAGCACAGUCAAAUUUCACAAAACUUAGGGAAGCUGAGGUUUGGAAAGAUGCUGCCACUCAGAUAUUUUACUCACUUUCAGUGGCUUGGGGUGGCCUAGUUGCUCUUUCAUCUUACAAUAAAUUCAAUAACAACUGCUUCUCAGAUGCCAUUAUAGUUUGUUUAACCAACUGCCUUACCAGUGUAUUUGCUGGGUUUGCUAUUUUCUCUAUAUUGGGACAUAUGGCUCAUAUUUCUGGAAAGGAAGUCUCACAAGUUGUAAAAUCAGGUUUUGACUUGGCAUUCAUUGCUUAUCCGGAAGCUCUAGCCCAACUCCCUGGUGGGCCUUUUUGGUCCAUAUUAUUUUUCUUCAUGCUUUUAACUUUGGGUCUUGACUCUCAAUUUGCUUCCAUUGAAACCAUUACAACAACAAUCCAAGAUUUAUUUCCAAAAGUGAUGAAGAAAAUGAGGGCUCCCAUAACUUUGGGUUGCUGCUUGGUUUUGUUUCUCCUUGGUCUCGUCUGUGUGACUCAGGCUGGAAUUUACUGGGUUAAUCUGAUAGACCACUUCUGUGCUGGAUGGGGCAUUUUGAUUGCAGCUAUACUAGAAAUAAUAGGAGUCAUCUGGAUUUAUGGAGGAAACAGAUUCAUUGAAGAUAUAGAAAUGAUGAUUGGAGCAAAAACAUGGGCAUUCUGGCUAUGGUGGAGAGCUUGCUGGUUUGUUAUUACACCCAUACUUUUGAUUGCUAUUUUUAUCUGGUCCCUGGUGAAAUUUCAAAGACCUGAUUAUGGCGGCAUUCUAUACCCUGACUGGGGGGUUGCUCUAGGCUGGUGUAUGAUUAUUUUCUGCAUUAUUUGGAUUCCAAUUACGGCUGUUGUAAAAAUAAUUCAAGCUGAAGGAAACCUCUUUCAACGCAUUGUAAGCUGCUGCAGACCAGCUCCUAACUGGGGUCCAUACCUGGAACGACAUCGUGGGGAGAGAUACAAAGAUAUGGUAGAUCCUAAGAAAGAAACUGACCAUGAAAUACCCACCGUUAGUGGCAUUAGGAAACCAGAAUAAUGUGUAAGCUGUAAAAUGUAUGACUGUAUAAUGUGAUUAUUUUAGAAUAGAGAAAAAUUAUUUAUUUGUUAAUUGAGUAGAAACAAUGUAUAUACCAUAUUUGUGCAAGUAUAAUCCAUUCAAACAAGAAUGUAACGUAAAAUGUGAAUCUACUAACAUUUAAAACUGUUCUUAUAAUUCUUUUUAUAUUAUAUACAUAACACGCAUAUAGUUAUCUCUAUUUCACACUAACACUUUUGUAAAUAUUACAGUACUUUUCUAGUGAAUUAAAGGCUUUAUUUUGAACUGGCUAAGUCAAAAAAUUAUUUUGUAUUAUAUGUGCUUUUAAAUAUUAUUUGCUUAUAUCUUCUUAGUGCACAAGCUUUCUUUUUUAUAGAAUUGUGGAAAAUUAGUGUACUUAAAAGAAAGUGUUACAAACUGAGGGUCUCAAUUAGAAAUGCCAUACAUGUGUCAAAAAAAUAAACUGUGUAUAUAAUAUGGGGAACAUAGUUAAAUAUUUUGAUCCAAAUAUAUCUAGCAUGUCAUGUAUUUAUUUUCCCUUUUCUAUGUGAAUUUACUGUUUUUUUAAAUGGUGAAGAAGACAGAAUAGUAAGGAUGGUAUGACCAGCAAGUAAUAAAUUUAGAAAAUGGAACCCAGAAGCUUUGAAUAUUUCUUUCCCCAGAUGCCAAACAUCUCAUUUUUACAGUGUUUCACAAAACCGAAAUUAAUUUUACUGCUAACGGGCAUGUUAUCUGUCAUUGAAAAUUGAAUAUCAUAGCCUAACAUGAGGAACAAUGCCUAAAUAGGCAAGAAACAUUACCUGUUGUUCAUGUUCUUAAAAGUGGGCUUCAGAAAACAUGUGAAACUGAAAUUAUAUGUCAUGUUUUUCUAGGUGUAUGUACAUGCAUUCUUUUUUCAGAAAUGAAUACAUAGUUUUCACCAGGUGAGGGGUAGUGAUGUAAAAAUGUUUAACACACACAAGCUAUGGUUUCCUUUUUGUUUUUGGCAAGUGAGAAAUAAAGUGAAUUAAUUUUAGGCCUCA